ACCACGACCAUGUUGGGAGAAUUCAAUAUUGCAAGACAUGAAUGGGAAAACGUCGACAAAAACCCUUUGCCCGCCGACAUUCCCGAAGUCGAGGAAGUAGGAGCCACGUCGGCGCCCUUGUUAUCGGCCGCAUAUUUUAUUGGUGCUCGUUGCAAACCCUACAACGAUGACUUUUUGUUGUGCAAGGACGCAAAUAACGGAGGAACCGUUGAGUGCCUCAAGGAAGGAAGAAGAGUCACUCGUUGUGCUGUCAGUGUGUUGAGUGACCUCAACAAGUACUGUUUUGAUGAGUUUAAGUUGAAUUACGAGUGUUUGGAACAGAAUAACCACAACUUGGGUGCUUGCAGGAACAGUGAAAAAAUCUUCAACAAGUGUGUAUUUGCUAACUUAAAGUUGACCAAGCAGAUUCCCGGUGUCAAGGAACAGAUCCACUUGAAGGAGAACCCAAUUUAUACGGGUACUUCUAAUGACAAGAAGAUUUCUAAAGAGUUCUUGAAACUGAAGGAGUCUCAAAACUAAUCACUCAGCAUAUAGAUAAUGUAUAUUUAUAACGGUCCAUCAGACGUAUUGCCAGUAAUUUUGGUUUCUUUGUUUACUGUGUUUUCGGUUGUUUCAAGGUUUUGGUGUACCUCUCCAAUGCUC